AAGGGGAGGACGACGAGGAGGCCAUGGUGGUGGCCGUAAUCCCGCGGCCGGAGCCGAUGCUCAGAGGGUCUGGAGCCUUCGAUCCACGCCCCGCGAGCUCCGGAUCUUCCGGUGCCCGAGCGCCCCCUCGCCCGGGCCCAGCACGACGGCUUCGAGGUGACGCUGGCGGGUCCCGCCCCCCCCCGCGGAGGCAGAGGCAGAGGCUGGCCCAGGGGCCAGGCCGUGUUCUAGGCCGAGGGCCGAGGGGCUGCAGGGCCUCCACGCCGGAGCUAGGGGCCCCGCACCUUGGUGUCCGGAGCGAUUCGGUGGGUGGAGGCAGGCGCCGCUGCAGCCCGCCAAAAGGUGGAUUGUAAGGGCGCUCCGUGCAGAAAGCUUUCCUACGCCCCCCUCACCAUCCCCGGACCUUGCACUUGCAUAAGCCACAGGUGUCAGAUUCUAGCGCUGCAAGGGUGAAAGGGGUUGCAUACGACACCUAGUUUUGGAAAAGGAGUACUUGCUACGGGCGCCCUCAGCCACUCUAGAAGGGGAUUGGCCUGGGGAGGGGGUUUGAGGAGCAGUCUGGAAGCACUCGCUUUCCCCUCCUCCCUCACCGAUUUCUCCAGUCCUCAGGAUCUUGCAAACCCUAAGAAAACAAAGAGCCACCUUAGUGGAAGACACAGUAUUCAUGAAAAUGCAAAAUCUUUUCGUUCCUAGAUACCCCGUCCCUCAGGAGGACAGUACCCAAAAGGUUGAGAGCAAGGCCAUUCAUUUAGCUUCAGCAGGACAUGAUGAUGUUUCCCUGCACUGCCUCUCCUUUUUGGAAUCAAGAGUGCUAUAAAAUGAGGGAAAUAAAGGCCAUUACCCUUCUCAGAGCUUUCAAUCCAAAAGAGAGGUUCUUUCUGUACUUCUGCUAAUAUUUCUCGUGUGCUGAGUGCCAGGCUGUCUCAGUUAACCCUCUCAACAACCCUGCGAGAGUAUCCUCCUUCCCCAGAGAAGUGAAUUCAUUCAACAAGUAUUUGGGGGCACCUCUUAUAUGUCAGGCACUGUUUUAGGCUGGGCAUGCUAAUCGCUAUAAACAAAGUCGAAACUCUGCUCUUCUGAAACGUAUAUGUAGACACUAAUGACCAAAGAUAGAUGAAGAUAAAUAAAUGUAUAGCAUGUCAGGUGGUUCAGAGAACAGGAAAUCAAAGUAAGGAGAAAAGAGUGAGGGUGUUUCAUUUGGAAUAUCAAGUGGUCGGGAAAACCUUCUCUAAUAAGGUGAAUUUCGAACACAAACCAAAGGAAGCGAGGGAGAGAACCCUGUAGAUAAUUGGAGGUUAAGAAUUUUUGGCAGAGAGACUAGCAAGUACAAAGGUCCUGAAGCAGAAGCUUCUUGAAAGAUUUGGCGUGGGAAAGAAAAACAGACGAAUUCAAGGGUUUUGGCCUGAGCGACUGGAAGGAUGGACUUCCCAUUUGCCGAGAUGGAAAGACUGGAGUGCAGGCCUGCGGGAGAUGGGGAGUUAAGGUUUGAACAUGGCAAGUUUGAGAAGUUUAUGACACAUUCAAGCACAGAUGUCAGAUGGUAAGUAAGACAUGUGAAUCUAAAUUUCCUGGGAGAGUCUGGUUAAAGGUAUAGACGUGGGAGUUGUCAGCAGGCAGGCACUGGGAUGAGACCACCAGAGGAAGGAGGUACAUAAAGAUGGGGUCCCAGGACCGUUGUGGAAUGCUCCAGUGAUUCCAGUGUGGAGACUGAGUCACUCCUCAUCAAACACUUCUGAAUGCCACUACAUGCCAGGCACUGUGCCGAGUGCUGGAGAUACAGUUGUGAAGGAUCAAAAAUCCAUGCUGUCUUGGACCUACAGUGUAGUCAGGAGACAAAGGGAACGAGUAGGAAAUGAAGCAGUGAGGGGAACAGGGAGCUCAGGUGGGGCAGAUGGCAGCUUUCUAAGGGAUGGCAGACAAGCCUUGGGUGAGAAGACAGUUCUGUUCCGGAGAAGAGACUGGCACGGGUGCCCGAAAAAGAGCCCCAGUGAAGUAAGAGAAGAACCAAUAGAAAGUGGUGCCCUGGAGUCCAAGUGACAAAAAUCAAGAUGGAAGAAGCCAUCUGUCAAAGGACAAAGUUGAAGAGCUGACCGCUGGGUUUAGCAUUGGUGACCUUGACAAGAGCUGUUUUGGAGGAGCGGUGGGAAAGAAAGCCCAACUGCAACCAAGAGAUUCCUGCCCACGGUCACAUGGGAGAGGGGUACAACCCAGCCUUGGAGCUAGACCUUCUGAGACCAAGCCAGUUGUCAGACCCAUUUCAAAUGCCACCUCUGCCAGGCAGUCCCCAGGUGUUAGGGUCUCCCAUAUUUGUCUUUCGCUCCAUCUUCACAGGUGGGAGGGAGGUACAGCCACGAGGGAUCAGAAGCGCUGAGCUGCCAGGCUAACGUGGGUCUGAGCCUGCAUCCUUUGCUGAGCUGAGAAGGGUUCCCAUCCUGUCGGAGCUUAUGGUCCACGUGCACAGGGAACAGGUGCUGUGUCGACCAGUAGGGACGAGCGAGGUCACCGCUGCAAAGGCUUUGGGAGGGGAGGCUAUUUCCGACAGGAUGGGAGGCCUUUUGAAGGGGCCUCAACAAGUGGAGGAACAGGCAUGGAUGCCAUUCACUGACCCGAGAAGGCUCAUUGAGCGUCUCCUCUCCUACGUGCCAGGUCCUGCGGGGACAGUAAGAUGACAACAUUUACCAUUCUUGUCUUCAAGGAAGUGCUUCGCCGUGGCCUGGUAGUCGCAUAUGGAUAUAAUCACCUGCCAGGGGUUGGAGGUCAGGAAGGCUUCACAGGGCUGAGGAUUUGAGCAGGGCCAUGAAGGAAGUAGAGGAGUUUGCCAGACUGAUGGGCUGCCAAGGCCGAAGACAUGCAGGAACGCAGUCUGUUGGACUGAAAUACCUGUUGGACCUGUGGUCCGAGACUAGAUUGAGGUAGCAGGAUGCCGAGGCAUGUAGGCUGUGUUUAUCGUGGCUAGUGCCUUGUGGACUCCAGGGGAGGGGAGAAAGAGACUCUAGGUGGGAAAGUUCCUUCCCUACAUACGCCACCGGGUUUGGGGAAUCCUGUUCUCUAUAUUGUUGGUUGUGGGCACCUUCACUGAUAAUCCCCGCCCCCUCCUCUCCCUCCGUAGUGGCCCAGCGGGCGAAGUCCCCACCGCCAAGGCCCAGCCUGCUAGAGGCAGGUGGCGAUGGCUGUGAGGAGCCCAGGCAGCAGGUGUCUUGGGAGCAGGAGUUCCUGGUGGGGAACGGCCCGGGAGGCAGCGGGCGGGCGCUGUGCAUGGUGUGUGGGGCCGAGAUCCGGGCCCCCUCGGCGGACACGGCGCGCACCCACAUCCUGGAGCAGCACCCUCACACCCUGGACCUGAGCCCUUCCGAGAAGAGCAAUAUCCUGGAGGCCUGGAGUGAGGGGGUGGCCCUUUUGCAAGACUUCAGGGCCGAGCAGCCAUCCCCGCCCCAUUCAGACUCAGGCCAGGAGGUCGAAGUGGACCCAGACUCCGACCCGGACCCUGCCGAAAUGCCAGCAGAGAUUGUCGUUCUCCUCGACUCCGAGGACAACCCCUCCCUCCCUAGAAGGAGCCGGCCCAGGGGACUCCGCCCUCUGGAGCUUCCUGCGGCCCCUGUCCCAGAGCCGGUAAGCAAGAAGCCACGUGGUCAGAGAUGGAAGGAGCCCCCUGGGGAGGAGCCGGUCAGAAAGAAAAGAGGCAGACCCAUGACCAAAACCCUGGACCUGGACCCGGACCCAGACCCAGGUGAAGGCGAGGAAGAUCCCCCCUCACCCGACUCACCCACUGAGACUUUUGCGGCUCCCGCCGAGGUCCGACACUUCACCGACGGUAGCUUCCCCGCUGGCUUCGUCCUCCAGCUCUUCUCCCACACCCAGCUCAGGGCCUCAGACAGCAAGGACUCGCCCAAAGAGGGGAGAGUGGCAGAAAGAGGCCUUCUCCAGCCGGAAAGCCCCUCCCCAGCAGCCAGAGCCCCUGUUGAAAACCCAAGUGGGAUCCUGGCACUGCUCUGCUCAGAGCCCUCCAGCGCCGUCGCUGUCGCACUUCAGAUAAAAGUCAGAGUCCUCGUGGAGACCGGUGGUCCUCAAACCAGGAUCUUCACCUCUUCUGCCCACCAGGGCAUCUGCAUUUGCUCUUCCUCCCGCCAGGAAUGCUGUUCCCCAUCUAGACACGCCGCUGACUCCUCGCUUCCUCUCCCCCUCCGGGGCUUCGCGGGACGCUGGAUCUCCAGGUUAUCCGCGUGCGGCUGGAGGAGCCCCCGGCAGUCAGCCUCCUGCAAGACUGGUCCAAGCAUCCCCAGGGCACCAAGGGUGUGGGAGCAGGUGACAGCCCAGACUGGCCCGCGGUUCUGUCGGAAUCCAGCACCACUGUCGGGGGUCAGCCAGAGGCAGGGAGUGGCCUGUAGGUUCUUGCUUUUCGGGGGGGUGGGAGAGGAGGCAUUGUCCCCCUUCGGCUUAUCACUCAGAGCUGCCCAGCUCGGCCACCUGAUGGAGAGUAAAACCAGGUGCCAAGGCAGAACGGAGGAGGGGAAGGUGGGCAGCAUCCACUAUGACUCGGGGACGCUGGAGAAUGUCUCCCCGAGGUGAGGCGUGAGGCCAGGCCCUGAGGGACGGGGGUGCCAAGGGCUGUCGUGCGGUAGGGCAUUGGGCCUAUGGAGAACACCCACCCGAUCCUUUUGCUGACCCAGACCUCUCUGUCCCCCUGACCUCCUCCCACCCUCUCAGCCCCCCACCAUUCUCCCUUGGCACAGUGCCUUACGCAAGAGGUGGUCGUGACGGUGUUGAACUGAGUCCCACUACCUCGGGGGACGCCUCUCCUCCCCCACCUGUUUAGGCUCCUAAAUCAGGAGGCCUCCAUUACCUCUUCCUGCUCCAUCCCUGCAGGUGGCUGAAGCAGCCUACCUGGGGGCUCGGUCACUCACACUCUCCUCUUCACCCCUUUUCCUGUUGUAUAUAUCUCCUUUGUUGACAAUAAAUUAUUUUUUUUUAUUAAGA